CCCCCUAUGGCCGCCUCCCCUCAGGGCCUCCGGCCGCGCGUCCUGCGGGCUCUGCGCCGGGGCUCGGUGUUUAUAGCUCUGCUCCUUUGCAGAAACGUGCCGCGAUUUAAAGAGCUGCUUUAAAUUCUCGCUGUAAGGUAGAAGAUGAGUAAACAGAAGAGUGACCCCACGAGCAGUGUCAGAGUGGGAAUUCCCAAUUACAUAAGGCUCUUCUAAACUACUGGAUUAAUGCAAACAUUAACAAGCGUGAACAGCAGGCAUAUCCUGAUGGAUCAAAAGAAAUACAGCAUUAAGGAGAACAAGAAGCUUCAAUAGCAGAAAAGUUGGUAUAAAUGCUAUGAUCUAUUAAAUAUAGCACCUAAUGUAGAAUUAAGGUAAUUUUUCUGCCUUCACACCAUGAGAGGUAUUCUGGUUCCAGGUAAUUGUCCACAUUUUUAAAUGGUACUGACUGUCUUCUUCUUACUGCCCCCUCUGAAAUGCAUUCAAAUAUUUUUCCUGGAGGGAAAAAGCAUAAUUAUGUAACCUUUCCUAAUAAAGUUUUCUUAAAAAAAAAGAAAAAAAAAAAAGUAGACAAACUUCCAGGCUGGAAAUCCAGUGAAUAUGACAUCUCUUUAUGAGAAAACUUCUUCAUUCUUGAACUGAACUGAACCAGCAGUUCAAGUACUGCACAAAAAUUAAAUAAUUUGCUUCAAAAUAGAUAGUUCUCCCUUUUAAAUUUCUCCAAAAUUUAAAACUGAUGGAUGGUUUUAAUGUUCAGCCGAAACUUCCUUGUGUCCCAGUGUUUCACGUGCAGAAACUGAAGAUGCAUGGCAUAGAAAAAGCUUUUUUUUAUAUUAAGAAGUUAAUGCUCUCUCAUUUCAGAUGCUGAUUUGGCUUGGACCAAGGCCUCAGUCAUGUCCUCAGAAACUUUUGAUGCAUUUCCAGAGAACUUGAGUACUAAUGAACUUUUGGACCUUGCCAAAGUAAUCUGUAAUAAGUGUAUUGGACAGGAAGCUGGAUUAUGAACCAGUAACCACCAUCUUCUCUGGGAAGCCUGGGGAGCAGAAACAUCCAAAGGAGCCCCCAUCCUUGCAGUGCAUGCAUCUGGCAGUGGUGGCAUGUGGGGACCGGCUGGAGGAGACGCUGAUCAUGCUGAAAUCAGCAGUUCUGUUCAGCAACAGGAGGCUCUGCUUCCACAUCUUUGCCGAGGAUUCCCUUAAGCCUGAAUUUGAGAAGAAGUUAAAGGAGUGGCCUUCCUCAUAUACAAAGAAGUUUGAGUCCAACAUUUACCCAAUAACCUUCUCAGUAGGAAAUGCUCAGGAAUGGAAAAAGUUAUUCAAACCAUGUGCUGCCCAGCGUCUGUUUCUUCCGGUGAUUUUAAAGGACGUGGAUUCCCUGCUUUACGUGGACACUGAUGUGCUGUUCCUGAGGCCCAUCGAUGACAUCUGGCACCUUCUGAGAGAGUUCAACUCCACCCAGCUGGCUGCCAUGGCCCCGGAGCACGAGAUCCCCAAGAUAGGCUGGUACAGCCGCUUCGCCCGUCACCCUUAUUAUGGCAGCACCGGCGUCAACUCCGGCGUGAUGCUGAUGAAUUUGACACGGAUCCGCAGCACUCAGUUCAAGAACAGCUUGAUACCAGGUGGUUUGACUUGGGAGGAAAUGUUAUAUCCAUUAUACCAAAAGUACAAAAAUUACAUUACGUGGGGAGACCAGGAUUUGCUAAAUAUCAUUUUUUACUUUAACCCAGAGUGUCUGUACGUGUUUCCCUGCCAGUGGAACUACCGGCCUGACCACUGCAUGUACGGCAGCAACUGCCGGGGGGCGGAGGAGGAGGGGGUCUCCAUCCUGCAUGGCAACAGAGGGGUCUACCACGACGACAAGCAGCCCACCUUCAGGGCCCUCUACGAAGUGAUCCGGGAUUUUCCAUUUGAAGACAAUCUCUUCCAGUCCUUGUACUACCCUCUGCAGUCGAAGUUUCUGGAUACAGUGCACACUUUAUGUGGGAGAAUUCCACAAGUAUUUUUGAAGCAAAUUGAGAAAACUAUGAAGAAGGUCUAUGAAAAUCGUGUCAUUGUCUAUUUGGGGGCCAACCACAGAUACUAACUGCAGCUCUCUUCUUACACAGAAGUUUUAAGUCUUGUACUCCAUUUCAUGAAGGGUAUAAAUGAAGAAUAUGAACUCUUUGACUGAAACUCAGAAUUAAAAUAUUUUUUUAUCCAAUUUCCUAAUGACCCUUGAAAUUACAAAAA